AUGGGAAAUGGGGAUGGGAAGCCCGCCUCUUCGGCCAUGUCCGAUAAUAUCAACGGUUGUAUUACCGAACUCGACGCCCUGGAGACGAAGAUUAACCCAGGGCAUAAUGCAGCCAUGAGAAAAUUUGGCAUACGAGCCUUGGAACGGCCAACCGAACGAACAGAAGUCGAUAGAUUGAUCGAGCGAGCUCUCCAUGGACAUUUGGUGGCAAUCACAGCAGUUUUGGUCUUCCCUGAUGGUAAAUCACUGGCAUCUGGCUGCUACGACAGAACCAUCCGAAUCUGGGAUCCAAUCACGGGAUUGGAGCAACAACUUCUUGAUGGCCAUUAA